GACCCCUGGUGGCAAGUUGAUUUACAGAAUACAUAUAACAUUACCAGUGUUACGAUUAGUAACAGAGUUGACGAUAAACAAGACGUUGGACAUCGUUUGUCAGAUACGAGUAUCAUAGUCUAUGAAACCACGCCAUCACCAUCAACGGCAUUUACCGUGUGUAAAUUUAUACCAGGGAUAUUUGGUUGUACAAUCAGAACCUUUGAAUGUGAUGGAGUAGCUAUUGGUCGAUGGGUACGGAUUACAAAACCUACCGAUGUUUUAACUCUCUGUGAAGUAGAAGUGAGAGGUACAAUGAUAUAG